AUGGAGAGCAGCCCCAGCUCUUCGAAACGUCAGCCAGAAAAGUCCCCCGAUCCGGUGAGCAAUUCAUUCUCCUCAGAUUACCGACCCGGAUCUCUUACUUUUGCUAACCUGAACACACAAAUGUGCAGAGUUUAUUCAACAAAUUGGAUGAAAUAAAACUCGCCGUGUCUCAUUUCCAACCCGACUGAAACUUGGUUAAAUACGCAGAUAAAGGACGCAGAAUUUGUGCUAGAUGGUUUUCAGCUUUUCCGAAUGGACCGAAACGGACGAAGGGGUGGGGGAAUUGCGAUAUUUAUACGAGAUGGCAUCUACUACGUCAGAGUUGGGUCUUCCCCAUUUCGGAACAAUGAUUGCGAAAUAUUCAGUUGUUACUUAAUAGUGUCAAACCAUCCAAGCCUACAUAUGGCCCUGGUUUAUAGACAAUCAAGCCAGCAGACGGAUGAGGACGAUGCACUCAUCACCGAGAUAGAAGAAAUUUGUCAAGGCAAACACAUAACGUUACUUGGUGAUUUCAACUGUCCAGACAUCAACUGGGAUUUGAUUCAUUGCACGCGAUCAGAAAACUCCUUCGAACAGAAGUUUAUUCAACUGAUCACAAGUGAGUUCUUCACCCAACAUGUUAAAGUGGACACUCAAUUCAGAGAUGGACAGCAGUCCAGUUGUUUGGACCUCAUCAUCACUAGGGAUGAUAGUUGCAUUCUCGGAUUGGGAUCGCACACGUCCCUUGGCCGAAGUGACCACUGCGUUCUUCUUUGGGAGUAUAGUCAUUUUUCUGUACACGAAAUUCAAGCUGAUGAGGAAAGAAAUGUAUGGAAAGGGAAAUCCCGAAUGAAAAAUCUAUUACAGAAGGUGAACUGGAAUGCUGCACAAGCACCUGACCCAGAAAACGAUUAGCUCUUCUUCAAGAACGUAAUGCAGCUCUUGAUAUAGAGCCAUUGCCCACUUAAGAGGAAACCGCUCGUCUCUUCACGUUAGAAAUAAAGAAAAACCUUAUAUUGAAAAGGAGACUUUGGAAUAAGUACGCCAGAUUUCAACAACCAGAGCAUUUCGCUGAUUUCAGGAAGCAGAGGAAUGUAUGUCGGAAUCUAUUGAGCAGGGAACAGGCAGAAGUUGGGUCAAAACGUCUAAAAAUAUCCCGCAAAGUUCCAAAAAAUUCUUUGGAUACAUGAAUAAGGCAAAACGCAACCGGGAAUGCAUUCCCUGUCUAAAUGAUCGCCAGGGCAAUACGUUGUCUGACAACUCAGAUAAGGCGAACCUGUCGUCCGACCUCGUCACGUCUGUGUAUACCGAGGAGCCGGAUUUUGAUAAAAGAGUUUACCCCCCAAUUGUCAAAUCAAACAAUACAAUUAGCACGGUGGACUUCACGACAGACACGGUAAGGAAAACUUUGAGUCAAAUACAGCCCACUGAAUCCCCAGGUCUGGACGGCGUGCUCGCAAAAGUCCUGAAUGAACUAUCAGACCAACUAGCCUCUCCGUUAUCCAGAGUCUUCAGAACUUCGAUGGAGACCGGGGCUUUGCCUACCGACUUGAAGAAAGCAAAUAUUAACCCCAUAUACAGAGGUUGCGAGAGAACAGUCCCAAAUAGUUUCAGGCCAGUGAGAUUCACAAGCAUCUGUUGCAAACUGAUGGAAAAAGUAAUAAAAACGGAGCUGAUGCGGCACCUCGAAGAAAACAACUUGCUCAGUCUACAUCAGAAUGGACUUUGAAGGGGUCGAUCCUGUCUCACCAACCUCCCAAUAUCCAUGGUGAGCUGGACGAAAUCAAUCGACAUGGGCUUAUCAGUCGACGCCGUGUACAUAGACUUCAGAAAGGCUUCUGACAUUGUUCCACGCAGACGACUUAUAUGUAAACUACGUCAAAUGGGUGUGAAUAGAAAUCUGUUGAAAUGGCUAGCCGAUUUUCAUACGGGUAGAUCUCAGCGUGUGUGUAUCGGAAACGCUAAAUCGGAAUGGGCAUCCGUGCACAGCGGCGUUCCGCAGGGAAGCGUUCUGGGUCCAAUUCUGUUCUUAAUAUAUGUGAACAACUGCCUGGACUGUCUGAACUGCUAGCGCGCACUGUUUGCCGAUGAUCUCAAAUUGUGGGAAUCAAUAGAGAAGCCGGAAGGCUCUGUACAGUUACAAGACAAUCUUAAUCGCUUGCAACAAUGGUGUGAUGAGUGGUGUCUUAGCCUCCAUCGUAACAAAUGCCAACUUAUCCGACUACGAUCAGACAAUAGGAGGCCGUUGAGAUUUGAAUUUCACUACUUUAAAGGAGGUCACCAACUCGAGUCAGUCAACGAGUUAAGAGACCUCUGUGUGUGGGUGACGUCAACUCUCAAACCAUCGUCUGACUGCGCCAAGUUAUCAAAGAAGGCUAUGGGUAUCCUAGGCGCGAUUAGAAGAUCCUUCCUCAAUUUCGACGAAAAAGGUUUCGGCCGAGUAUUUAGAACAUUUGUUCGACAAAUGUUGGACGAAGCAAGUUAACACCCUACUGGAGAACGUACAACGAAGAACGACCAAGCUAGUCAGCGGAUUUAAAUGCAUACCUUAUGAGAAACGUCUGAAAAAGCCAAAAAUAUUUCCUCUCGCUUAUAGAAAAUACAGAGGGGAUAUGCUCAUGGCCUUCAGAUCGUCAGAGGGCUACAUUAUGCUCUUCAUUUUGACGAUUUCUUCGAACUAGGGCGGACGACUAGUCCUCGAGGGCACCAAAAAUUGCGUGCAAAAUUCUUCUACCGCCGGCUGGUUGAGGGAUGGAACAAAUUGCCGAAUUUUGUUGUCUUACGGGAAAAUUUUGAGACCUUCAAAAGAAGACUAGAUAGAUUUAUGCUUAAUGGUCAAACAUUUACACGAUAUCAAUGAAAGGCAUAACUGCUAUGCAAGUAUCCGCAUGUUUUUUUCAGACGUUUAUCUAUAAAUAGGAUUUUCCGGAGCUCUGCCUAUGUCCCUCAUAAAUACUGAAUUAUGCUGAAAAAGUAGGAUUUUGAAGACUGUUAGCAUAUAAGAGGGGGACACUUAUUUUAGGGAGCGAACUGAACUGGGGGGCUGGCAAGCUGCUGAUUUGGAAAGACUACUAAUCGCGUUGUUUUCAUGCAUCUUAAACGCUGGUGUCUUAGCACUUUUUCUAGCCGUAAACCUUUCUUAAUAUGAGAAUCUGGGUUAUGAAGAGGUUAAGAUUUCCCCGCAGUGCUAUCUGGUUUACUUGCUUGUACCGCUGGGUCGGGUGUGAUUGGCCUGGCAUCGGAAUGAGAUGGAUUCUACACAGUUUCUUGAGCUACGCCCCUAUUCUAGGCCUUACAUGUUGGUUGUGUCUCUGGGUUUGCCAAUCUCUGAUUCUAAGAUUAAAGGACAUGGUAGAACUGAGAACAUCUUUUGAGAGCUUGUCGCAUUUGAAGACGUAAAAAUGUGGCGGAUUUAACUCGAGUCAGGGGCAACGUCAUCACACGAAGAGUUAGAUGGGACUAAAGCUGUUGCGAAUACGGAAAAAAGUCGACUAGAACCAGAUGGAGAGCCAACCUCAGAAACGAGUUUCGUAUAAGUAGAAUUUGUGGAAGGCUCUUUCUUUGAGGAUGCGCGGAAACUCCACUUCCUGCUGGAGUUUUAUUCUGAUUAACAGAAACUUAUUUUACUCUGUGCUAUUGCUCUGAGUGUUCGUGGUGAGAGAAGACACAAUACUUUUCUAUUGACAAAAACAGUCUGACAAAUACGGGAGGAUUUUUGCUCCUAGACGGAACUCUUUUAAUUUCCGCGACCUGGACGCUUGAAUCAGGAGAGUAAAGGAAAUGGAAGGCGACAUCAACAGGCUGUUUCCUCUCACGAACACAAACCAAAACAAAUUUAAACUUCGUUUCUGUCAGUCAACGGCCUCAUUAGCAACAGAGUUGAUGAAAGGCAAGAGUCUCCUAUAUUGCUAAGAGAUAUGUGUCAAAAUUUGUACUUCGGAAUGCAACGGGAAUCGAGAAAAUUAACUCAUGUCCUGACAAGAGGCUGUCGAAUAUGUCAAGUGCGCCAAGGCCUGGUGGUUCCAUAUUGACGAUAAGACUCACGUUGUAGGCCUGGAUCUUAAUUUUGUUCAAAUUUAGACCAAAGGUUGGUUAAGCUUUCAUUUUAUAAAAGGUAAAGUAGGGGGAUAUCACUGCUGAAGUGUGGCUCUGAUUUACUGAAACAAUAGUUGCUAGGCCUUUGGAUAAGAUUUCCAGGAAAAAUAUUAUUCUAAAUAGUAUAUCUGCUGGGUUCAAAAAUAUUUCGUUUUUCUUAGAUAAUUCAAGGAUGGGGGUAUGUAUGAGGAAAAGCCUUAACAGCCUACUACUAUCAUUAGGCCGAACAGCAGUUUCAGCAAUUAUAUAAUUUAUGUUAAAAUAUACAGACCUUUUUCAAGAAACAAACAGCUGGAAAUGUUAUGGUCGGCAAAAUAAAAAUGUGGAUGGGAUGUGAACUUAACGACUGGGCUAUACAUUGCGAAAUCUAUGACAAUGCAGCGUAAUUAUAGCCGAUAAAUUGACAAUAACAGCAGUCAAUGCAGAUAAUUUAUCCCUGGAAAUAAAAGGAUAUCCGAGAAAGGUAACUGAGAGAACUUCUUAAACAUACGGAAACACUUAAGCCGGAAUAAGGCUACAUAGGGUUAAAAAUUAAGAUCAACAAAGCAAGUUAAUGUGACUCUGAAUUCGGUUAACGCAUGACAUUCUGUGUUCAUCUGUACAGUUUUUGCUAUUCCCCUCGCAUUUCCUUCAUGUUACUUCCUUUCCAUUUCCUCCAUAUAUAUCCUCUGCAUGUAACCAAUAGGGAUUUCCAAGGUACACACUUACUUUCCCUAAAAUAUACUGAUACUGAUACUGAAUACACCUGAUAAUAGCAAGGCAAACACAGUCAUACGUUCACUCAAUUUAUGGAUAGAAAUGAAAAGUUUCACCGAAAAUUCAACCGAAAAAUUAUGUAAAAUACUAAGAAAUCCAAGUAAAAUAAAAAUUUUCCUUAUCUUCGAAAACGGAUCGGUGCCCCUUUAUGCAUCGCUUUACUGCGCGUUUAAUCCAGGGUGUCUCCGUAAACUUUACAAAUGACUAUUUUAUACUGGUUGCAUAUAAUUGGAUCUCUACAUGAAUAGGUUCACCAAGGCCUCUUCGUGUAAUCCUCAAAUGCGUUAAGAAGGAGCCGUUACAAAUUAACUCUCAGCCCUUUAUUUGUCACUCCCCACAAAUACACAAACUGUACAGACUGUGUGGUCGAGUUGAGGCUUCAGUCGAUAACCUCCCAAGCCUCGACUCUUUGUUCACCGUGAUAGUCUCAUGCUCGGACCGCACAAACAGUACAGCAGGAACAUAGAGAAUUACUCGAGAAGCACAUUCAUCACUUAAGGGAAAUGUGUCAUUUGAGUGGUGGCAAACUGAGAGGCACUAACAUUUUAGUUCACACACACACGAGACAUCGACGAGCACAUCUAUGAAUCAAAUAACAUUGCCCAAUUGCUUCUUUUUCCGUGGCCUUUAAGGCACCUCGUAGGACCUCGGCACCACUUCCUUGUCAUUAAGCUUUAUUUAUGACAAUGCAUAGAAAUGUUGGGUCUAUCAGCUGCUUUAAGCCUAUCGUCCGAAACUGUGCGAGCGGAAAGCGCACUGACCGUUUCUUCCAGAUUCUGCAAAAGAAUGUAAAAGAAGCAUGUAAGGUCUGUUGUCUGGGGAAUGCGGGCCACAAAUUAUUCUUGGAACAUCAAAGGGUUCGCUCCAGUAAAAGGUAGUCUGCAUGAGUAUUCGUACUUUUGAAUGACAAAGUUAUAAAGGUAAAGCCAUGUCGGAGUGCAGACCUGCUCAGACGAAGAAAAAACAUUUGAUUGGCUUUAUCGAUAUUUCUGCGUUACGUAUACCGAUUAUAAAUUACUGGUUGGUUUUUCGUUUUGUGUAUUAUGUUUUGGCGUGUUGUAAUAGUUUUUUAAGGUUUUGUUUGUUUUGGCAGACCUGUAUCGCAUUCUUUGGUGUUUUUGUUGUGAUUGUGUCCGUUGGCUCUUUUGGGCAGGCGCUGCCGAAAUUAGGUACUCAGCCUGAGUCUUGUGUUAAAAAUAGUUUUUAAUAUGCCCACAAUAUUGCAUCAUCUAAGGAUUUAGAUUUCUUUGGUCGCCAAGCCUAGAUAACGAGAUCAAACCCCUCGAAGGGUAUUCAGUGACAGUUGUGUUCAUACCAUAUAUGUUAUCAGGGACACUACAGUGGUGUACUAGCCUCUGCCUAGCCCCGCGCUAGCAACUCAGAUCUGCGGGUUUGUGUGCGGCUUGUGAUCUGGUCGGUUGAAUGGGGAAGCCUGCGCGGGUAACCCGGGUGCCUACAUUACUGCAUGCCUCAUCCCCGCAACUGAAGCCAAUCACACGAAGGGACUGGUGGGUGGAUUGUGCUUCCGGGUACCACUGAGAGAAUUCGGCCAGUCACGGCACUAGUUGCAAACAACCGUAUUGAUUAGUUCUGGAUGAGUAUGUGGUCAUCAGCAGUGUCCUAAGGUUCUCAAACUCUAUAAAACCCUAGUUAGAUAGCUGUCUUUCAAGAACCUUAUUCUAACCGUCGUUGGGAAAUAGAUGUAUUCUAGGCUCAAUAAAACUAUUUAUUCCAGUCACAUUGUGUGGUCCUUGCUGCAGUUCUUCGUUGUCGUGAGCCUCUAUAAAUUGGCUUUCCGCUCGGGUUCUGUUAUUUUUAUCGCCUUCAACUACUGUUGAGUUACUUGCCUUUAUAUGACGUUUAAGGCCGUCUUCGUGUUCACGUUUCUCAUUGGUGCGGGUUUCCAAGUCAUAGACAAGUAAACUUUGUUCCGUUUUGAAGAAAUUUACGGGCAUACAAGUGGACACAGUCAUGUGAACUGCAGUCAUCUAUUCCACGAUAUCACUUCCGCUACUUGAAUUCACCCGCUCGUACGCAAACAUGGAUUUAAUUAUUCGCUGACCCGGCCUGCGGAGUAAUCUCUUAUUAAGGUACAAAAUUCUGUGGGAAUGUUGUUUUCCUCUAUGUUUAUUGAUUAACGAAGUCUUGCUGAGACUUUAAUCGGUGAUGCGAGAGUUGAAUUCGGCAAAUUAAGGUCAGCGUGUUGGCUUAACGGGGAAAGUAUCAAUCCUUCAUUUAUUAUCCUCAUACUGCGUCGUAUUUGGCCUUCGAAAUCUCGUGGCUUAUCCUUCAGGAUGUCAACUGUCAGUGUCAAAAAGUUACCCCCUCAUAACGUGCAUAUGAACCUCGUAGCUGUUCAGUAGCGGAAUCUUGGCUGUCAGGUUGGCGUGCAUUCGCCGUCGCCAAAAACCGCCCGUCAUCUUCCUGGCUAGUAGUUUUCCUUAGUUAUUGUUCACCCCUUCUACCGUAUCCGAAUUUUCCGGUGUCUCUCCUAUGCAUAAUAACAGCGGGAAAGCGUUAAGCUUUGUGUAAAGACGCUUUCAAACAAUUGUUCUGUUUUUGUUAUGGUUUACUUUAUCCUAGGUGAAUGCGAUGGCGACACUUGUAGCCAUUUUUUCAGUGAACGAUUAUCACCUUGAGGUGGUACGCCCUGUUCUUUUCGGAAUUUUGUGAGCUGGCAGCUUGUACACCCGCUUCUUACAUAACGCUACAUUAUCGCAACUGUUUUAACAACAACAGUUUAAUUGUGGGUUCUUCACGCUUAUUCUUUUCAGCGUUUCGGACUAAUAGACAAAGUUUCCAGAAUGCACAGUCAGUGGACGCAUAUAAUGGUCCGCAUAUAAGUUGAAUUGAUUAAGUAUCCGAGCCUUAGAACGCUCGCUAGAGAUGGUUCUAGAUUUUUAAAUUCAGGGAGUUUUCCGUCUAACUUUUAUGUGAUCAUAGACUUCCUCUGCUGGCGAGUACAGAAGAAUUUCACGAUUCUAGGUUUAAAAAAUCUUCAAAGUGCACUUGGUCGCAAAUCAUCGGUUACUUUUAAGAAUUCCUGAGACUUCUCUGCUUCAUAAGAUCUUGCUGAGUGUAUGCACACGGAUUCUUUUUGGUCAUUGUGGUCAAGUAACGGUGUUUCCAUUUUCAGUUCUUAAUUUCUGGACUUCCGUCAAAAUGUGUUUAACUUGAUUUUCUUAGACCGUCUUAAUCGUUUCCUAAAGUGGAGCAUUUGAUUUCACCUUCUGAUAAUUUUGUUGUCACUUGCUUUUACUCUUGCUGUUGCAUUUUUGGCGCUUUUGAAGUAAAAAAAAGCAAAUAAUGAGGCCAGGAUUACCCAAGCGAUUGUUGUGCAUAGCCAUAAUAGCAUUACCGACAGAAAGGGAGACUGGAAUGGCCGUUUCUGGCCUGUUAACCGUCACCAGUCAGCCAUGCCUAACCCCGAGGUGUGGAACCCCUGGGACUCGACCCCGCGACUUGUUGGUUAGAAGUCCAACGUCCUAACCACUGAGCCACUAUAUUACGCGUCGCUGUAUGGCUGCUGACGGGGCUCGAAAGAGAGCUCCAAGGUACAGUGGGAUGGUUGAGUUUCCUAACGCGAUCGGUGAGCGUCCCCUUUACAAUUUUUGUAAAUAAGCUUCUUUUGGGCGAUGUAGUUCAAACGCUCAGUCUCCUUAGGAUCUUGGCAGAAAUGCGUUAGUGCUCAUCAUUUUUUGCCUUUUUAUCUAUUGACCACGUAUAGUCACAUGUUCUAUCCGAAGGAUUCAUUUUGUGCCGCACGUUGACGCUUACCUGAACGGCAUCUUGGACAUUUGUGUUUCCUUUAUCUGAUAACCUGCUUUCAUCUUACUUAAUGCCUAACGACUUUUCAACUGUUUUUGUGGACAAAAUGCCAGCAGUAAAUCGUAAGCUAAAGCUGUCCAUUUGCUAUUCCUUCUCUUCUCCACAUGUCAAGGUGGUUCCAGUUUAUACUAUUUUUUUAAAUCUGACUAUGUUCUUACUUCAGAAAUAGCAAUUACCAAAAUGUGGCCUAGGUAACUCUCUGCAGAUUGUAAUAAGACGACGAUAGACCGCUUAGCAGAUUAUUCGUUUGGAAGACCAUAAGCACUUUCUCGCGUUUGCUCUGCACGUUGUGAGAUCAAAUGUCCAAUCAAAAUACUUUUUGUUGGUAGUAAUUCACCGAACUUCUUGUCCCUCCACCACACGCGUGGAACUUUGCUCGCUUCGGGAACAAGUUGUCAUUUCACUCAUUCUGCCCUUGUAUUUUGAAAUUUGUCUGUUGCACAAUGGUCUUCGUCCAGUAAUUCGAAGGUUAUGAUAUUUUUCUUCUCGAUCUGCACUGACGGUUUGUUUGUAAAUGAAAUUGAGCGAACCCUAUAUUUUCGCUUUUUUUUCUGAAAACCGCCUUUUUGCUCCUGAUAAGGGUUAAGUAUGGAUGGUGUUCUCAGUCGCCUCCGUAACACUGUCACGGGAGCGCUCCCGGGUAAUCCUAUAAGUCGCGAGUUUGAACUGGAUCGCCAAAUCGCCACCUCUGGACCGGGUUUGAUGUGGAAGCUCUAUUCGGCCUCUAAGAAAUCGUCGAAGGAGGUUUGUUUAUAUUUUUAUGCCUCUGAAACCUUAACUCUAGCCUGCUACCGUCUGGAUUUUCGAGAAACGGCUGCUUGAUCGUUAUUCAAAGCCACAGAGGAAUAUGAUGCUAGAGAAACUCCGGCACGGCGUAUCUUCUUUGACCAAACUGCGCCACCCUCGAAUUCUCUCAGUUAUGCAUCCACUCGAAGAUUCCCGCGAAAGUUUGGGGUUUGCUACCGAGCCAGUCUUCACCUCUCUCGCCAACGCUCUUGGUCGUCAUGACAAUCUCACUGGUCCGAUCGUUGAUAGAUUGAAAGAUUUCAAAUUUACGGAAACAGAACUCAAGUACGGUAUAUUGCAGGUAUAUUGCGUGCUCAGGUUCGACUUUUUGCUCCUCACGCACUUAUGGACCUCCUUUGAUUAAUAUUGUUUUCUACUCGAUUAUUCCAGGUCUGUGAGGCCCUCCUGUUUAUUCACAGAGACAGUCGUCAGCUUCAUCUAAACGUGGCUCCCGAGUCGAUUAUAAUUAACCGAACGGGAUCUUGGAAACUUUGUGGAUUCGAAUUCGCUAAGAUGCUGCCAGUUAGCGGUGCGCAGUCUGAGGCUGACGAUGACAGCGUUGAUGUGCUGAGCUGGCAGUCAUCAGUGCUACCUCUAUGUCAACCUCAGCUUGACUACAGCAGUCCUGAGGCCGUUAUUAAUGUGCGUUUAUAUCCGCCCUCUUAUUUUUUUCUCAUCUGCUGCAUCUCAGUGUUAACGGCCAGUAUUUCGUUGGUUUGUUAAGUUAUAUUUGAGAGAAGCAAUGCCCUUUCGUAAAUUGCAAAGACUUUGACUUCAUCAUGAAGUUCCAUGCUGCAGAGCCAAUUUAUUAAAGAACAAUACUACUUUCUUGUUGUAAAUGCAUUUCAGAAGCCAUGCCGCGGUUUAGUAACUAGACUGCGUGAUUGCAGCCUUGCACAUGCAGGAUUCUCCGAACUCUGUUUUAUUGAGAUGUUUUUGCUGACAAGCAGCUCUACCUCGCCAUUGUGAUGUCUCCUUAUUUUUGUGUUUCAAUUGCAGGGCCGUGCUUCUCCUUCCAGUGACAUGUUCUCGGUAGGAAUGUUGUUAUAUGCUCUAUAUAACGACGGAAACAGCAUGUUUCCUUGCAAGGACAGUUAUGCCACAUAUAGGAGCGGAGUAAAUCAGGCAAGUUACACAAUUUUCCGCGGCCGUUUUAUUUGCAUGCCUUAGUCUUUUGGAUUUCAUAGGGGUUAUGGCAGAUUUCAAAUAAUUCAUUUUGACCCAACUGUGAAAAACUCGGCGCCUCGGUGGGAUUCGAACCCACGACGACAAGGGGGAGGCUUUAGUACAGUCAACGCUAUAGCCACCGGAGCUACGAGGCCAAACUGACGUUAUUCGGACGCUAGGUUGUGCCUUUUAAUUUGCCUGAGUGCUUUAUGUGCAUCGAGCUCAAUUAUGGUCUAUUCGCCCAUUGCAAGGGCAUUUGAAAAGAACCAAAGGCUGAUUCUAGUCCCCAUGUCCUUCCUAGUAGUGUAGGAUUAGCGUGUAGCACAGUCUCAUUGCUGUGGUAUCACAUGUGUCAGACAAUCUAUUGAUGGAAAGUUUUUUGGAAAGUUACCAAGCAACUUCCAACAAAACCCAAACUUCUGUGUAAAAAACGCAGGUUGACCCACCCAAUAUUAACAAAAUAAUCACGUCCUUCUAACACUGAGUAGCUUGGCAGCUGUCACUCAGUGGCUUAUUUUGGAACAUCUGCCGCGUGCAUAUGCUUGCUGAUUUACUGUUGCUGGACCUGGCCUAUCCGAGCUUUUUGUAUAACGUCUGUGGUGACUACGACUGCCACAUUUCUUAUUUUGUAGUGUGUCGUAGUAGUCUAUGCUGCAGUUUUGUUCAGACACCCCAUUAUCCCUGAGCUACGCCGAACUUUAAGGUGAAUGCUGAGGUGUGCAGCACUUAUUGAGACGUUUUGUGUGUGUGCUCUUAUUCCCUCGAAAACUGAGAAUGACAUCUCCCGUUGUACUUGUACUUGGCACGGCUGCGAUAAUGCCUGAUCUAACCGGCCUCGUGGAUGUCCUGAACUGUACCUCUCCACGCGUGACGAUCCGCGGCAGCAAAUCUGGACGGUUCGACCCAUUCUCUUUGCCAACAACGGAGGCCGAACACCAGAGGUGGAGCGAUAAUGGUCCUUGAUCAUGCGACGAUUUUUGGCGGUACACCAUCUAGCGCCAUUAUCGGCCACAGGGACUCAUGAUGGACGGAACCGAACGUUGCGUCAAAGUCCACCCGCUACUAAUAUUAACAUCGUAUUUUAUUAAUACAUCUACUCACUCGCUUUCGUAGGGUCGUGCGCUUUUCUCUUGGCCACUUCUUUUACAGCGCGAUUUAAAUCCACAAUCAAUACAUUAAAACAAGCAUAGGACUUAAAUUGGGUUUUCUGAUUUCCUACAUGAUUUACACCGUACCUUCCGUUCCCUCAAAAGGACCCACACAUAAAGCCCCUCUUACGACCAUGCAUUAUUAGAGGUCGUUUUAGACCAAAGUGCGGGGGUGCAUAUAUUACUAUAUCACCUUUUCCGCACCAAGCACAAGCAAGCGCGCUUCGACACCACAACGCACUAACAGUCGCAGGUCGGAAGUUUGACAGCCGACGGGGUAACUCGGUGCUACUCAGGACUGAGGGCCAGGCCUAAUAGCUACUUUUGCUGUGGCGCUCUUUGGGGACACUCAAGACCCCCCCCCCCCCAUUGGAGUCUUUUACGCGUGAGGCUUGCAAUCGGGUUACGUGCUACAGGCGUAUGUGGGUUGCUUAGCUUGGCCAGCCCCUCCAUCCACGCCAAUCACCGUCGUCCCGAAUUCCGUCAGAAGGCCAUGGGUUUGGGGAGAACGACAUGAAAUGGGCAGUGCGCAAGUCGCCUUCGAUGUAAAGGAGUUCGUGUUCAAGCCACCGUUACUGUCACCUCGUGGAGCAGCGGAAAAUAGCGUGGCUUGUGACCGUUGAGCAGUUGGUCUGUUUGCGUCCCCCCCCCCCUCUCCCGUAUCGUGAUAUCCUCUCCAGUCUUUCCCACUGACAUUCAUUUAGAACCUAAGUCCUUUGUAUCACUCCCUGAUGUUUCCCCUACUUACUAGUUUGUUACAGUCUCCUCUUGCAGUUCUUGGGGGUCAGGCUAUAGGAAAUCAGCGUCAGACACUUGCUGUAAUCUGUAAUGUUUAUAGACAAGUCAGUCUUUGGUAGACCGGCUGUGUAGAGAACGGACAUCAAUUUAUUUGCACAGACCUCGAAUGUGGUCGCGGUUGUCCCGAGGUUGCGCACCUGUGCAUAAGUGCCAGGUCAGUGGUCUGGGUCCACUCUGUUGUAAGCGUUUUGAGAUUGUGUACCUUUCUCAGUUUCCACAGUUUUUCUUUUCCAAAAACAACUUUGCCCAUCAUCCAUUUAUGGCAAAUAAGGUUAAUUUGGAAAGAAUGGGCAAGCUGGGAGGAAAAAGGUAUUAAUUCCACUGAAGUCUACCGUUAAUUACUUUUGCUCGCGAUAUGUUUGUACAGUAUAGUAUGCGUGAUGUAGAUAGACUGUUCACCGGUAGAUGGGCGCUCACCGAUCGCAACCGACACGACAACGAGCCCAUGGCUCAGGGGUUAGGACGUUGAACUUCCAAACAAUAGGUCGUGGGAUUGAGCCUCAGGGGUGGCAAAAAAACGUGGGGUUGGAUAUGGCUAGCUGAUGACGCCCAAUAAGUCAGAAGUGACCAUUUCAGUCUCCCUUGUCCCUAUCAGUAAUUUUCUGUCUAGACUAUGCACCUCUAUAUUCUCCAACUUUGUUUCAGCUCAAGCACAUCAAGGCAACCCAGUUGAUGAGUCUCCCGGAGUCGGUGAGAGACUACGUUAAGAUGCUUUUACACCCCGAUCCCAAUGUGCGUCCGGACCCGCAUGAACUCCUAAAGGCAUGUUACUUUCUUCUCUUUUUUUCACUCACAGUGCUCACCCAGAUGAUUGACAGCCAACGGUUAACUGUUCUGUCAGACACCCUUACGUAGCUCUUCAAUUAUGCAAUUUAUAUGCGGCAUCACGAAACUAGUCCUGUUUUUCUUUAUUAGCUCACAGCUGUUCGGCAUAGUCGCUCUAACGGGCUGACCACGGGUGCCUUAUGUGUCACUAUUUCCGCAGAAUAAACUCCAGGCUUAGCCGAAAUAAGCUGUUAAAUUUGGGUUUUAGUUCCUUAAGCCGUCUCGGGUCACCAAUUAAGUGUGCUUCCACCCCCACGUCAAAUUAUACCAGACUAACCGCGGGACUGAACUUUGGUCCUGUCAAGAACGGACUGCAUGCGACUGUGACGGAGCAAAGGAGGACGUUACUUCCACUCUUGUCAUUAUCACCAUCAAACUGUUUGGACGAUAAACAGCAUCAACCUCCUUUGUUGCCAGAGGAAACAGGCUUCGGCAAACAGUUAGCGGCAAAAAAGGCGUAAAGGGGCUCAAUGAAAGAAGAGUACAGGGCGGGUCUCCGAUGUUCUCGCUUGCGUCACGUCUAUUGUGUAGGGCACCAAAACGGGUGUUGUUGUUGCGCUAGACGCAAACGAGGCCUAAAAACGUGUGUAGCACACGGUAGACAGGGCGUUAUGCCACAUCAGCCGCUGCGACCGACAUCUUUUUUUCAGCUGUCUUCACGCAGUGUGCAAUGACACAGGAAAGAGGGGAUGGAACCGGCCCAGCGCGGCCUUUUCUCACCCAAGCAAAUCCUGCAGACUGUUAACUCAUCACCAGGCGGGGGCCAAGAGGGCUGCCAAGCGACGGGAUAAGUUGUCUCUGCUGGCCGGUGGUCAGGUUUCAGUGAUCUCAUACGGUCUAUCGCAACUCCUGCUGAUGUAAGGUCCAAGUCAAUGAAGGCAAAUGAAUUAGGGGAGGAGCAAGCGUGUUGCAUGAGUAGAGGGGUGCCUUUUAUGAACGUAACUAGUGCACUCACGCCCAUUUCCAGUCGUCUUGGCCCUGUUUACCCUUCAGAACACUGGGUAUAGGAGAAGAGCGUCGUCGGUGCUGUUCAAAUCACGCUCAAGUCAUCGCUGCCUUCUCAAUAAAUUUCGGUCUUCCUGGAAUCCAGCAACGUGCUAGAGAUGCCGUUUUCCCAUAAGAAGAUAAUUUAAACUAAGCUCGACACGGUUUUCGAGCGUGUAUUGUGUUAAAUAUGGUUCCUCCCAGUCAGACUGUUAAAAUGUUGUUUGAGCGUUGAGUUUGUCUUUAAUGUCGUCUCGCCUCUGAUACCUUGUAAUGGGCUAUGAGGCCUUAGCGUUUUAAGCCGUAGUAGAAGCACAUGACACGCCUUUAAAUUUGCACAAAGAAUAAUGCACUUAGUUAGUUUUUUCUAGGCCUUCGCCCUUGCCUUAAAUAGCCUGCUGUGACUGUUGACUUGGUCUGAGAACGCUGGGGUCGUGUUAUGAAGUUGUUCUAUAAGUGUUGUCAAUGACUGCAAUUUAAGGAAUAAGAGUGCUGAAGGUAGUUAACGGAUAUGUGUACUCCCCUUCUCGAACUGUCAUCCUUUAAGGUACCUUUCUAACGCAUAAACACAAGCAUGCAGCACAAACACGAUUGUUCAAUUUUGUGUUUUUAAGAAUAUUGCGUUUCCUCUCUUGAAAGUCCCCUAUUUUUGCCACAACACGCAUACAUUAACACAGUAUUUACCAGACCAUUACAUGCUUGCUGUAUGUAAUUCUAUGAUCAAUCUAUUUUCUAACGUUCUUUAUUCACCGGUGUUUUUCUUUCGCGAGGUUAUUGCAACCGUCAGGGGGUUCAGGGGCGUUCGCCUACCUUUCCCUUAAUAAAACCGAACUGAACUGGACAUUUACCGCCAUUAUCGUAUUACAGGUGACCGUGCGCCAUAGUUCGGGAGUGGGGUACGAAUAUCCGUUCCCCAGCGCGCUCAAAUACUACUUUUUCGAUUUGGUGUUAUCUUUCGCGUCAGGUUACAAUCUGUCGACUUUGGCAGCAAACUUAGGAUGGUUUGGGCGGAAGUAAAUUCUUAUCCUUUGCCUAUUUUCCUGACUCCUUCAUUUCCGAUUUUAUUUUUCUUGACUGACGACGUUAGACGAAGGCAGAACGGUCUUUUCCUAUGCAUGAGUUAACAGUUUAACUCUUGUCUCAGUCUCUUGCGAGCGGUAGACUGUCAUUAAAAGUGUUGCAAGGUAUUUGAGAAAAAAGUAUCGACCGCGUUUCCAUUUAAACCUUUUUUGUAAAUUAUCUAUAUCAUUUGAGUUCACGUUUGGACAAAAUAAGAAGACAGUUCGCUCGCGAGACCGUCACUUGGUUGACUGUAAAUUCACCAUGUAAUAUAGAGCUGUUUAGAUACUUCGGCCUCUCUAUUUGCCCUCUUAGUUAAGGGGAAGUUUGACUUGAAAGCUGUAUGGUUCAGUCUGGCACAAGGUCAAAGAUCGGGUAAAAACGAGUCCCAAAAGACCUAGGCGGAGUAUUUUAAAUUAAUGUAGACUUGUUCUGAUUCACUUCACCAAUUUUCUCACUUGCUCUAACAAUCUACCGUAGAUUUGGAUGCUCUAGUAACUGGUUGUCCGUAUAGCCGUGUGUCCGUCUUAACUUACUAUUAGCCGACAUGCGUCAGUGGCCUCCACCAGAUGGUUGAACGCAUCUAAAGAUGCUACUUCAGGUUCUUUCCCAAAAUGAAGGUACUUUCUUCUGACCUGCGUUUUUUCCUUCUCUUUUGUCUCCUCAAACCAGCUAUCCUACUUCCACGAUCCCGGUGUUUCUGCUCUUCAAAGCCUCGACGAAUUACGCCAGUUGGACAACUUGGCCCGUUCCAGGUUUUACAAAAACCUUCCCGCAUCGAUCCGAAUCCUACCAAAGGUUUGACGACACGAUUUUGAUUUCGCUAGAUUACUGACAUUUCGGGACACCUUUAAAGUCAAAGUGCGUAAAACAUAGCUCCUCUUUAUCAACGGAAGUGACUGUACCGACCGUCUUCCGUCACACGUGACCGCUUUAACCCGGGUCUUGCUUCUGCAUACGGGUGCACAUGGGCUUUUAGUUUGCCUUUUCCGGUCUGUUCUCGAAUUAGGGAAUCAAUACUCAUCAAUUUUACAAAACAAUAUCACGCCAACACGUCUAUUUUUGACUGUCGAUUUUCCUGCGUCAAACAGGGCUGGUUCUUGGUCUUUAUCCUGUGCCGACUUUCAAGGGGCACUAUUUCAUCUGAAAAUAGUCAGUGCUGUGUCAAGCUUUACAAAUUAAUUUGGACUAAUUUUUGCUGGCCGUUUUCCUUUAAAGUAGACUUCUGCGCCCUCCACCGUAUUUUCCUUUCCCUGACAGUAACGUAGGUGGCCGUAGGUUCAAAAUAGCCAUUUGACCCGUAAACAUAUUCCAUAAAAAUUCUUCCUCCUACAGUUCGACUGCUUUUUAUUGCUCGUUUUCGUUUCAGCGUAUUAACUUGCACCGUGUCUACUCCCAACUAUCAGAAGAAUUUGCCAAUCCCAAUAUGAUCCCGUUUGUGCUACCCCCAAUUUUGGAAAUAGUCGACAGGAUAAGUCGGGAAGAAUUCACCACAGUAAUCUUGCCCUCAUUCCAAAAAGUCUUAUGUAUCAGAGAACCUGUUCAGGUAAGGCAGCCGGAAAUUACUUUUUUUCCUAUUUAUGCCUUGCCUGUGCUUUAUCUUCUGUUCUUAUUAAUAUUCCUCUGAUUUUCUCGGUACAAUUCUAGUUUAUUCACGGGGAUAGACACAUCCGAGGUCAAAGGUAAUGUCAGGAGGCAGUCGGAAUAACUUGCACACUGUGGUUCUCUAUUAAUAAACAGUAAUACUGUCAGAGCACGAUAGAAUUAACAGAGGGUAGAAAACUGAGAAGUGGACAUUUGUUCGAUGGGUUUAGACGCCAGCAUGUGAUGAUCGGUUUUAAAACGACCGAACACGCGGAACAAUGAAAAUCAGUGAGUGGGACCGCAGAAACAAUGACAAAGAAUUCAGAUAAGACCUAGGUACUAAUAAGUUGCUAGUAGAGAAUAAAACGGGAAUUCAGCAUUGACGUGUGGAAUGCCACAGUCCUUCCAAGCCCCUCCUUUUGCGAAAGCUGGUAAAGACAGUGGCGGGUUUGUUCGGUUUGCCCCAGUUCUAGAGGGUUUAAAGCGUCCGUAUUAGGCAAGACAGGCUCGUUUGAGCUUUUAAGCGCGUAAAGAAGUCCAUUGCCGGAGCUAGUAGAAAGUCAACAAUAGACGCCAUAUGGCCAUUUAACGGCCGGGGCUGCGAGUUUACCGAUGUUUGUUUAGAUAAGGUCAGUCUCAAAAAUUUCUGCAAACUUUUUUCCUGUCGUCUCUGACAUUAUUUCCAAAAAUGCGCGCUGGUUUUGAAAUGCAGGUUGGUUCUUUGCUGCCCACCGACAGUAGGUGCUAGAACUCGCAAAAUGCCGGUCGAAGUCCCUCGAUAGCUUGAACGAAUUUGCAGGAAUGCAUGGCUUUUGGUAAAAAGAGUUUUCAUACAUGCAGGCGAACCACCCUCGGGAAGCUUUGUUUAAUUGGUGAACGCCUCUCGUGCAAGUAUUGUUUUUGAAGGAAGAGUGUGUUUCAGCCUAACAGAAGUACGGACUUAUGAGUUUUUGAGCCGCUCUCACAAUCGUUCGCAGUGUAACGCUGUUCCCCAAAACUUUAUAUUAAUAAUUUAAUGGACGCCAGGGAUAUGAAAAGCUGUGUAAAUUUGUCGUAGAGUGACCAUGUAUUUGCGAGUCUUCGAAUCUUAACAACAGUGUAAGGGACUUUUUCAAAGUACAUGUACCCCUUCCCUUCGAUCUCAAUUUUACUAGGACCCUAUUUCCUACAAAAUAGGUACAAUAAAUAGUUUUUUGUGCAUUGUUCCGGACGGCAUUGUUCGAGCUAUACAAAAAUCGGGCAGCAAUGUAAAAAUACAGACCGCCUAAGUAAUUUUAGUUCCUUGUGACCUAAAGGCUGAAAGGAUUUUUCACCAAAAGUUAGUUACAUUGCGUGAGUUCUCGCGGAGAGAUCUCCCAUGCUAAUUUCUCCUGCAUCUUCGUUUGAAAGCCAGUCUAUAGAUGCCAGUCAAAGUCUCAUGCGAUUCGGUCCCUGCUGCGUAGUGCGUAUCCUGACAUCAGCGUUGCGAUCAGUUUUACUGUCUCGUGGAUAAAUUUUAGUCACGAAACUGUGUUUGCCAAAUAAAGUGCGCUGUAUCCUUCCCACUGGUGUCACCUUCGUGCAUAGUUCUCUCUGGAAGGUUUUCCUUUUGCGCGUACGUAGACUGCCUGGUGCGUCCAUUAUAGUCACUUCUCAGUAUUACCGCUUGGCAGGUCCUGCUGGUACUUUUACAAAAUCUGAACAUCCUCACCUCCAAAUUUUCACCAGCCGACUUCAAGAAAUACAUGCUUCCCGUCCUGACUUCGUCGCUGGAAACAAACACAACAUCCAUUGUGGUAUGCCCUAUCCUUCUGCUCGCUUUCGUUCCUGAUAUUUUACUUUUUUAAGUACCCGCUCUGCAUUCCCCUUAUGCUUCCCUAUUUUGUGUUAUCAAAGCAACUGUGUCUCAAAAGCCUACCGGACGUUGCCCAGCUGAUGGAUUUCACGGUUCUUAAAUCCUCAAUUGUUCCGCGCCUCAAGAAGGCGUAUCUGCGCCACGACCUUGUCAGUGUAAGUUGACCCCUCUGCUUUGCUCCUGAAUACCAAAAGGACGCUUUUGUCUAGAAAAUAUCCAGGCUGUUAUUGAAACAUUGGGUGAAAGACCUAGGUUUAUCUUACGUUUAUUUCUAGAUUUCAGUCUGUACGUCAGCACCAGGCGGCUAAUAGGCUCUGACGGUAGACUGGUCGUUCAUGAGAUAGGGAAGAGGGAGGUCGACCCAGAAGCACCCAUCCCAAUGGGGCACUUCAGCAUACUCCUUACGAUUAUAGAUCUGACGCGCCUUGAAGUUAUCACGAUGCACAAAAAUUCGUGGCUCGAAGGGCUAUCAACUGGCGAGUUAACUCGAUCCUCGCGAUCAGUGCUGUAUGUACUGAAUCGAGGGCUGGGGGUUACAAUGCGUGAUCGAUCUCAUGAAAUGUUAACCGAAAUUCUGAAAUGUGUUUUCGAUUAGGAAGGAUUACUUUGGUGGGGUUGUAAUAUUGAUUAGCACGCAGCGUUAUCCUAUAGCAUUUCGGACUCAUCUAGAUGUCGGCUUUUGGAUGCAGUCCUUUUUGACCUCUUGCAGGAGCCGCGCUCUGCAAAAAAUGACUACUUAAGUGGCAUGCAUGUUUCGUAUUGAUUUUCAAUGGUCUUAUAAAUUCAAAUAUAUUUUGUAAAAAACGUGCACAAGAUAUGCCUCCUUUUGCUCGUUCGGUAGAAAAUCACACUGUCUUCAUAUACUUGAAGUGUAUAUUUAGGUUUUAAAAAGGUUUUCCAAUUUCCGAAUAAUUUGAGCCAGAUCUGUGAUUGCAUUUGCGUUUAACGGUUUCAGUUUACACGGGGCAUGCCUUCCGCGUAAGGAGAAUCACAUAUUCCUCUAUACCUUUAAGAAGAUACCAUAUAGAGUUAAUACAAUUUUACAAUGGAUUCGGACUGUGUUAAGAAGCUUUGGUAAACGGACAUGUACGGUGUUGUAUAUACGGACAUCGCACGGUCUUAAAAGUCUCAUAAUCAGGAACAUUUUUAAAACGUAAAUAUACUCUUUCUUCAGGUAUAAAAUAUGAAGAUAGUGUGAUUUUCUACCGAACGAGUAAAAAAGGCAUAUUUUGUGCACGUUUUCUAUAAAAAUAUAUUUGAUCUUAUCAGAAACAUUGAUCUUCGAUGGUCUCAUAAAUUUAAAUAUGUUUUAUUGAAAACAUGCACAAAACUAUGCCUCCUUUUACUUAUUUGGUAAAAAAAUAACAUUGUCGUUGCAUUUUAUACCCGAAAAAGUGCAUAUUUGGGUUUUAAAAAAGUUUCAAAUUAUGUGAUUUUAAGAGCGUGCGAUGUCCAUUCAAGCAAGACCGCACAUGUCCGUUUACUAAUGCUCCUCAUGAAAUGUACAACACAGUCCGAAUCCAUUGUAAACUUUCACGAACUCAAUGUGAUAUCUUCUUAAAGGCAUAGAGGAAUAUAUGAUUUUCCUUAUACGGAACGUAUGCACCUUGUAGACUGAAAAUGCCAAACGCCAAUGCGAUGGCAGAUCGGGCGCAAAAUUAUUCGGGAAUUGGGAAACUUUUUUAAAACCAAAAUAUACACUUUCUUCGGGCAUAAAAUAUGAAGACAGUGUGAUUUCCUACCAAAUGAGCAAAGGGAAGCAUAUUUUUGUACAUCUUCGCUGUAAAAUACAUUUGCAUUUAUAAGGCCAUUGAAAAUCAUUAAUAGAAAUGCAUGCUACGUAAGUAGUCGUGUUUUACUGAGUGUGGCUUCUGCAGGUCAAAAAGAAGUGCAUUCAAAAGCCGACAUCCUGGCGAGUCCGAAAUGUUGUAGGGUUAUGCUGCAUGAUAAUCAGUAUAACAACCCCACUACAGUAAUCCUUCUUAAUCGAAAACACAUUCCAGAAUUUUGGCCAACAUUUCAUGAGAUCUUUGACGCACUGUAUGGUGCACCUACACUCGACAAGGGAUGUAGCAAAAAUCGAGCCGGGUUGAACUCAGGGUCUUCGUAGAAAUCCGACCUUAAUUAAAGGAUCAAGGGUCCAGAUUAGUCGCUGGGGAUUAAAGGCAGAAUCACCAUUGUUGAAUGAAAAAUACAAAUUUGUAUGUAUUUCUAAAAAAGAUUAAUACCACACGGAGGCACUAGAAGAGGUUAGAAGGCAGAUGAGCACCAAAAUAUCGGAGUGAGGAUGCUUCAUUAGGAAGGAUAUCGAGACGCGGUGUUCGGCGAUGGCUGCAGCCUGAAAACGUACUGCACGCAUUCCUCACCUGUGCUACGGCAUAGUACAAGCCUGCGUUACUUUAAAGAUCACCACCAUUAUUGUCAGGCGUUCUAGCGACGUCGUCGUCAUAUUUGGAAUAUAGACCAGGAACAUCGAAGCGGCUGUCUGCCUUGUUUGCCGUCAUUACUCAGUGAUACUCUAACCCCAGUUGAGGCACCUGAGAUUUCGCACCAAUUCAGCUGGUCGUGAGCCAUCCCGCGUAUGUCUAGUCUUCCUAAUUUUAUCUGUUACAUUUCGGGGUUAUUGACUGCUAGUCAUUAUGCGACCUGCAGGGGUUCUAGACCCUGGCGUACACACAAAACGGUAGUGCCCUUUUAUAUCCUGCAUUUUGGUAGCUAGGCGAACGUCGCGUUCAUCUGUUUGAUUUCUCGGUCGGCAGGGCGUGGUUUACGAGUUCGAGUACUUGCUGACUUGUACCCGAUACGACUGUAACCAUGACUGAACCUGCCGCCCCCGAUGAUGUGAAUUGUAACUCCCUACGCUCGAUGAUCUGCAGUCACAAAUCUGGAGGACCCGGCCCACUGUAUGCUUUUUCAGUUUGACUCAACUGAAAACCUCGACGACCUCGAUGGGAAUUUCGGCAUCCUGCGUAGCACUGCCGCCGCUGUUUCAUGAUAACUUACUUUUAAAGCUCGAGUCCGGUUUUUUCGCAGUUAGACCCUCUUGACGACCUUUCGACCAUUAACAGCGCGUGGACGUACCGAAUGGCCGCAGCUAAGCCAUCUUCGCAGGAAAUCGAUAGGGCACGUCCAACUAUUGCAUGUUUCGCGGUCUCUGCAUCUUGUACUGAGAAGUUUUACUUGCUCAUUCACUGGUUGUCUUGUUGGUCUGCAGUGCAACGACAACGAACUUCGACUUUGGAAAGACCAAACUGUCAUUUCAUUCUUCGAUGAACUUCUAAGCAUUGUUCCUCUUCUGAACUGUAUAUGAACUACAGCUGCUGCGUUUGCAUCCUAAAGUCACAUUCCAAAAUUCCGACUUGGAAUAUUCGAUAAAGCACGGCCCGUCGAUAAAGGUCGGUUAAGUGUGGUUUUUCUCUUGAAACUGGAAUACCAAACUGUCGAUGCUUAUAUAAAACUCAGUUCGAAAGUGGAAAUUGAAAACCGGUCUUCCCCGAAUGGAAACUUUGUAUCCUCUUCCACCUACCUUGCGCAUCGUGGCUCCUGGGAGAAGACGUCCUAUACCACUGCUCACACGGCCAGCCUCGCCUUAGAUUUUGCAAAUAACCGCGUGGUUGGAGGAGCAAGUCACUGAAAGGGACUAGGUUUUUUCUGUGCCGUUUAACACAAUCGGAAAAAUCAUCGACUUGAGUUAAGUUUGUUGACUGACUGGCGCCACGGUAAAGAAGUGAUAGUCGGCCACCCGCACCUGACUUGCAAAUUAUUUAAAUCGCAGGAUAUUCGUGUUUUAAUUUCGCAAGAAGGCGGUCGAACCUUGGUACAAACGGCAUAUUUUCUCGUGAAGUUCUAAAACAGGUCUUUUGGUCAAGACCUAUAGCGACCUAUAUACCGACGGCAAGUUCCCAUUACUGCCAGUGUUAAAGUAGUCGAGCCCUCAACUUGACCCCCUUCUCCCGCUGCUUUGUAUUCUUGCCUUUUGAAUGUCCUUAUAUUUGUGAUCACAGCUACGCCUGGAAACGCUAAUCUGUCUCGGAAAAAUUCUGGAAUACCUGGAUAAAUGGUGUGUCAUGGAAGACGUCUUCCCCUUCCUUGUGGACGUCAAGUCGCGUGAACCCAUCUUGGUCGUUGCCGUCCUGAGUAAGUGCCCCCUGGUUUUACGUCUGAUCUCCAGGUGUAAUCUAACCUGUGUGUCAAGGUUGAACACAGGCUUUUUUCACGGCUACUGCUGCCCGUAGGUAUUCUUCCCAGCCUUUUCUCAUCAUGAAGGUCUUGCCCGCCUAACCGGGCACUCGAGACCAGCAGCGCGACACUUAACGACUCGUGAGUACUCGAAUAAACCACUGCCGAGUCAAUUACUGGAGAGUACUGCCUCCGCGCCUCCCUUCCCGUGUUUGCGUCUAUGACGCUUCAUGCGAGUGGGCAUUUGAACAUCGGGUGACUAAAGCCCCUGUUCCCGCCUCCCAGGUCGCCUUCAGUGUUAGCAUCAGCCGGCCGGUUCUCUGUACCUCAUUCGGGCCAUGGCUGGUUGCUGUCACUCCUCAACCAAUCUCCCCUAUAAAGCAGAUUCUCUGAACCUAUUUCAAUUUACAACUCCUUGCUUCCUCCAGUUUCUACCUCAAGGUGAACUUUGCAAAUUAUACCUAUAUGGAGCCGUGCUUGUCUGUUUUCUGACCACAACAGCCAUUUACAAGGUGGCAUUUCUCCACAAAAAACUCGGCAUCUCGAGGGAUGUCCUCGCCACUCGCGUCAUCCCACACCUUCUCCAGUUGUCCAUGGACAAUAAUCUCAAUUUGACCCAGUAUGCUGCCUUCGCCGAACUCAUUCGACAGAUGAUUACGCAACUGGAGACCCAGCAGAAGGCGAAACUGUCAGAGCUUCACGGUCAAGCGGAGGAAUCUGUGUGAGAUUUUUGUCAUUGUUCGUUUUUCCAGGACCCUUGCCGUUUUGCAGUCCCCUACUUAGUUAUUAGAUCCUUUUUCCAGUAAACGGUCCACUUGAGUUCAUCUGGAGUCGGCGGCCCUAGACUGGUUGUCGCAGUGCCCACCUCCUCCCUUACGGAAGAGUUGGGAGCCAUGUUGGGAGUUCGGCUGCGGUAUCAUCCGUCUGUAGGCGGCCCACAAACAGGACGCGAAUUUUCAGACAGUCACUACUUUUUCCGUCAUUUCUUUGCAUUUUCGCACUUGCCAAUCUCUAACUGGCCGAGCUUUUCUGACAGGCACUGUGGUGCUUUCCAUGUGGCCCUGUCCUGUCUAAAUAACAGACUCCUUCAUUUGCGCCUAACUUGCCCACCAAGAACACCCGGCUUAUUCAGUCGAAGUACUGCCACAUUACUUUGCAGUGUUACGCACACUGUGCAGAAUACUAAUGGCGUCAGUUUUAGGAAAAACGAUGGUUAGGUCAAACGUAAACAACCGGGUCACUGUCAUACUCCAUUUCUAUCUGUUUUUAGAUGCAUCCCCAGUUUCAUCCUUUCGCCGACAAUGACUGGAACAUCGUCAGAAAUGGUAUUUUAGCCCCUCCAGCUGUUUUCCUUCUUCUUACUCUAAUGUUUUGCAUUCAGGAUCCAUUGAUUUUCCCCCUUUUCACCGUGCGCACCAAGGAGUAUCAGCGGCACCAGUGUCAACCUCCCCAGCAAGUCUGGCCUACCCCCCCCCUCUCCCCUUUGCCUUAGACCACUGGCCCUCGGUGUCUCUACCUCUUGGAAUUCCAAGAGAUAGGAAUUAUUCGGGUAAAACUUUUGGCAUGUUGACGACGCCUGCAGGCCAGUCUACACGUAGCUAGUGGAGUUCGUGUAUUCCUUCUGUAAUUGGUAAUCUUAUUUGGGUAGCUGUUUCCUGAACUGUGAACAUUUGGUCACUUGCGGCAUUGGUGGCAGUCACUUUCAUCGUCAAACUCGUCGCCUAAGAUUGUGGGUCAUGAAGAAGUAAGUGAAAAUGAGGCUGUCAGUUCCUAUUUUUUAUGGCUUGCAUAUACCCUUGACGGCAACAUCGAAUGAGAAGUGGAGGGAAAUGUGAACCCCAAGAAGACUGGGCCUGUCCAGUAGCCUGGCUGAAAGUUAUCUGGUGCGUCAAGAGGCGGUGGGUUGUGGGACGGCCUCUGAUGAAGGUUUGGCGCAAAACAAGGUUACCGAACCGAAUCAGUCACGCAAAGAAGCUAUCACCGGUUAUGGUUGGUCACACAGCCGGCUCAUCGCUCUGUGUAAAUUUAGUCAUGUCAGGAUGCCGGCUUCUUAACGAGCUCCUUCCUAGCCGCUUAGAACAGCCACUGAUUUUCAAUUACCUUAUAAAUUCAAAUAUAUUUUGUGGAGAACAUACGGUAGGUGGGCUAACUCAUGAAAUGUCAACCGAAAUUUCAAAAUGCGUUUUCGUUUCAAAAAGAAUGAUAGGAUUAUAAAACCAAUCAUCUUGCAGCAUAAUACUAUUACAAUUCAGCUACCCUGAGGUGCCGGCUUUCAAACAAACUUCUUUUUGGGCUGCUUGCAAGAACUAUACUCCGCAAAAUUUGACUACUUAAGUAGCACGUACUUUUAUUGAUUUUCGAUGUCCUUAAAAAUUCAAUUAUAUUUCAUGAAAAAAAAUAUAAAGAUAUUUAUUUUCGCAUUCAUUCGGUACAAAAUGACGUCUUCUUUCAAUUUUAUACUCGACAAAAGGGUAUAAUUCGGUUUUCAAGAAAGUUUUCGGUUCCCGAAUAUCCUUGAACCUCGACCUGCCGUUGCACUUGCAUUUAGGGUUUACAAACUACAGCCGUAUAUUUUCCGCGUACGGAAAACCAUAAAUUCCUCUACGAUAUUAAGAGGAGACUAUGUGGAGUUCAUAAAAUUUAGCAAUGAAUUUGAGCCGCAUUGUUAACCUUACAAGCCACAUUGGUAAAUGCAGACAUGACGUUUUAUGAACGACCAUUUCACAGUAUUAAAAAAUCUCACAACGGGAAACUUUAAAGUCAAAUUAUACCCUUCCAUCGGGCAUAAGAGCGGAAGAAGACGUCAUUUUGUACCGAAUGAACAAGAAAAUAAAUAUCUUUAUGCAUUUUUUUCAUGAAAUAUAAUUGAAUUUUUAAGGGCAUUGAAAAUCAUUAAGAAAAAUGCGUGCUACUUAAGAAGUCAAUUUUUGCGGAACAUAGUUCUUGCGUGCAGCCAAAAAAAGUUUCUUCGAAAACCGGCAUCCUGAGGUAACUGAAUUGUGAUAGAAUUAUGCUGCAAGAUGAUCGGUUUUACAACCCUAUUAAUUCUUUCGAAACGAAAACGCAUUUCAUCAGUUAGCCCGUCUACUGUACAUAAAGCAUUCUUUCUUGUACCCAUUUAUUAUUACAACUCAACCUCAGUAAUCUUUUCUAAUCGGACAUAUUAUAGAAUUUCGGUUAAUACUUCAUGAGAUAGUACUUUUGCUGUAUAACUAGAAUGCGUACUAACUAUAAUGAUCGUAGUUUUUGUCUGUGUCCCAAUGCUUUAUACGGGCGGUGAUGAGAAUGCUACGCUUGCCCUAAUAGGCUUCCGAGCGACAUCAACACUUUUAUCUGACGACUCGGAAGCCCGCCAAGCCAACAAUGGUGAUAGAUCACGCGAGGGCCCGCAUUCAAUUCCCAGCCGCCGUUCCCAAGCUUUCGAAGUCUCCAAUGCGUAUCUAUUAGUUUGUUAAAUAUUAGCGUUAGUAAAUAAACUCACCUAGUUCGUGAGUAUUUGACUCCCAGUUGGUUUCUACUGUUUACUACAAACGUUGUAGUGUUUUCAAAAUUGGAAUUCUCUCUAGUCCUGCACCCCAUAAGACCGGCAAGACCGGUGUUUCACCUAUGUUUUGGCCAUAAUUUGUCCCCGUUGUUUUUGGUAGAACUAACUUGUCGCAACGCUUGUCUUAACGAAUAGUAAUUUUUUGCUGCUUAAACCACUUGCGUACAAUAGGUGUUCUAUCUCCUGCAAUAUUGGCUGAAAUUCUGGAAUGCUUUUAAUUCGAAAAGAUUACUUAAGUACGUUGUCAUACUAAUUAUCAUGUCGUAUAAGAUGUUCCAGUCACUUAAGGAUACCGGCUUUCGAAUGAGCUCUUUACCGACCAUCGGCAUGAGCUAUAUUCCCGCCGGUUUUGACACCCUUAUAAAUUCAAAUAUAUUUUAUAGAAAACACGCGCCGACAUACUAUUUCUCCUAUUCACUUGGUAGCAAAUUACAUUUUCUUCAAGUUUUAUACUUAAUCUUUUGAUUUUAAAAACGUUCUUAAUUAUGAGAUUUUUCAAGACCGUGAAAUGUCCAUCCAUACAGCAUUACAUCGGCAAGUUUAUUGAUGUUACAAUGUUAAUGCAUACAAUCGGGUUCAUAUACACUACACAACUUCAUGAGUUCUAUAUGUCCUCUUUAUAACAGCAUAUAGAACUGUAUGAUUUUUCUUGCACGAAAAAUAUACAGCCUGUGGUUUGGAAACCCCGAGUGCAAGUAUAACGGCAGGUCGGGUUCGGAAUUAUUCGGGAAUUUGGAAAUUUUUUUGAAACCGAAUUAUACUCUUUAUUCAAGUAUAAAAUUUGAAGAAAAUGUAAUCUGCUACCAAGUGAGCAGAAGAAGGAAUAUGUUUGUGCAUGUUUUUUUACAAAAUAUUGAAUUCAUAGGGGUAUCAAAAAUGAUGGUAAAAUUCAUGCUACUUAAGUAGUCGUUUUUACGGAAUAUAGCUUAUGCCAGCAAUCCAUAUGAAACUCAUUCGAAAACUGGCGUCCUGACGUGACCGGAGCAUCUUAACAUUAUGCGACGUGGUGAUUAAUACGACAACUCUGAGUGAUCUUUCCGGAUUGGAAGCACGUUUCGGAAUUUCCGUCAGCAUGUCAUGAGAUAUCCAGUCUACAGUACCUCGAGUAGAUUACCUGUCUGCUGGUGAUUCGGAGUUACCUGCCUAGGUUAGGCUGCCGUACCUCUAAUCUUAGUCCAUUUUUUACUAGAAUAGGACCCGAUAGAUGCGUUGUCCAACCUAUAUGCCGCUAUGCAUUGUCCUCAGCGCCAUAAUUGAUUGUAUUACUACAAUACUUCCGCAAAAUAAGUAGUAAAUAUUGUGCACGACUUUUCGGGCGUUGUCUACUACAGUUACAUUGUUGCGCGCGCAUGGUUGGCGCCAUUUACAGUUGCCCACUGCGCAAGAGACUGCGUCGACAUUCUCAUUGGCUCCUUACAUAAGGCAUUGAGCAUUCUCGUCAGUGUUUUGGGCGAAUGACCGAAUGCCGAUGAUCACACGAAAUCGUUGCUGUCGUGCACUUCCGGGGCCGCAUUUAACCGCAUCUGGUGUUCCCGUCCUCUAUGACUCCGACCUCCGCCAAACCCUCCCCCAUCCCCGACGGCUCGAUAUUCGAUGUUCGGUCGUCCUUGCGACUAAUCCAACCUAACAUAAAUUGUUAGUUGUCGGAAAUCAGCAGGGGGAUUUUUGCCAAGUGCGCGUUCAGAUCUGUCUGUUGCGUAACCAUUGGGGUUUGACAUUCUCAGCUUCUGCAGGGUAUCUGCGCAAUCUUUACGUCCGUCAGUUUGGUAAUUACUAUGGCACGCGUCGCUCACACUGCGCCAAUUUAUUCCCACAUUUGCUGGAGAAUUCAUAGCCACAAUUGUAAGUUGGCUUUGUACCAGAGGCCACACAGAGAAGGUUGAAGGGCCGACAGGUGAGCAAAACCCUCCGCAGCCGCAAAACGCAGCUAUAUAAAAUCAGUUUUUAGCUAGCACAGUGCCUGUGCUGGAAACACAUUUAAGCGGUACUACAGUUUAUAAAUUCACAUAACUUUCAACUAAGUAAUAGUUGGCACUGCCGUUGUUUUGGGGAAAAUCAUCUCGACGUUUGGUGCUACUAUUAGUGAACGUUGUUCUUGUCGAUGGGCAUGAAAUCUACCAGGAUCGUCGGCCGUCGGUAAAUUCAGUCAGAAUGUGCAUACCUCUAGUCAUCCAAAAACUCUCUUGACUUGUGACUCGCCAGACCGCGCAUUCGAUAGACGGCUUGGAGGGGUAAUGUCCUGUGGUUCCUGGGUCCCGAGGUGAAUGUCUCUGGUAUACAAGUUGAAGGUCCCAGGAUUGUGUCGAACGGUCUUACCGUAUGGCGCAACGUCCCUCGUGUGGCAGUUUUGCUAUGUCCGGUCGGUGCCUAUCCACACCUGAAGACAUUGCCCUCCGCGUGGUCCGCAACUGCUUACUGGUCAGGAAUGAGAUCCUGUUUAUUUCGCAGCCAGCCUUCGUGGAAGGCCGCUCUAGUGUCCGUCAUCUGCGAACGAGCCCGUUAGAUCACAACUAGGCUAGCAGAUACCCUCGUCCUGGGGUCUCUAGUUUGCACCGCUGCAAGCCUACUGACCUAGGAUCUUGUUUUCUUUUUUCUUUCCUAGGUGGACUUGAUGAUGUCUUCUAUUGGAGGUCUAAACAGCGUGCCCACUGCACCAUCCGCUGACCCACCCAGUCGUUCUGAAGUGGACCUUUUUGGCCCGACGACCUCCGAGAAUGGAGUCGCGAGUAGUGUUGGUGAUGGUGGCGGGAGUCAGCAGCCCGCUUGCAAGAACCCGCGCCAGCUCACCUUGGAGGAUAAGAAACGUAUUAUGGCAGAGGCCGAACAGUCGGAACGUCUGCGCGCCCAACCCCGCCUCUCACCUCAACGCCAGGACACAACCACCAAUACCACUCAACAAUACCAACAGGCGGCUCCCGUAGAUCUAACGGGAAAACUACUUUCUUCAAACCUUGAGGAGCUCAGUCUGACGCGGCGUACAACUCCGGCUUCCGCUACGUCCGGCCUGACACCAUUCGGGUUUGGCUCACCUCAGCCACAGCUGGGCUUCCCAAUGAUGUCACCCCCUAUCGCAGCCACACCGACACCCCUGAGCAGCGGCAUGGGCGGCCCCAUGGCGUUUGCUGCACCUCUGACGCCCACUUCGAUAAUGGUACAGGGCCCGAAGCCUGCCAAUAGUACGAGCACCCCAUUGUCGAUGUCGGACAUUGAUGACUUACUCAGCUGA